UGUCGGCUUUAGUAAGGGGAAAAUUUGUUUUCUGCUUCUCAUUCUUGACAGCUUGUUUGCAGCGGGGCUGUUGAUGAAAGUCGGUAUAGAAAUUAGACAUUCAGUCCAACACGUCGACGGUACAAAACCAGAUUGGGAUGGUAUCAUGGAAACAGCCAAUCAUCAAGAAGGAGAGGCACCGGGAGUGAAGAUUUGUGAUCACCCAUCUGAGAGUAAUCAACCUGCUGACUCCUCAGCAGUCUCUUUCUCCCUCUUGGGGAAUCACAUGUUUCCUGAUCCAGUAGAGAGAAAUGGCAGCGCUGCUAUUAGCAGAGUCGAGCCUGCGCUUUCGCACCUGGCAGAUGUUAUGGUGGAGGAUCCUGGUUUAGACGAGGAGCUGCCUUCUAACCAAGCAAUGAGACUAGAGCCUGAACAGACAGAAAACUCUGAGUGCCAAAACAACGUGUCCGCACAACCGCCUGACGGAGGGACUGAGGAUGACGCCACUGACAAUGACCAGAGUGAUUCUGGGGAGUUUGUUGUUACAAUGCUGGCCAAGGCUAAGCUUGAGGAACAAGGUAUAGGGGUGAAGGGAAGGUCGUCCCCUCUCUUGGAGGCAGGCACGCAGGAAUCUUCGUCAUUUAUGUCUCAUCGUGAUGAGGAUGUUACAGCUGACAGCUGGCGGCAGCACAGGAAACAUGUGUUUGUGCUAAGUGAAGCUGGUAAGCCCAUUUAUUCCCGAUAUGGCAGUGAAGAGGCUCUUUCAUCGACAAUGGGAGUCAUGAUGGCGCUGGUGUCGUUUGUCCAAAGUGGAGAUAAUAUCAUCCGCUCAGUCUAUUCAGACGAGCACACCGUAGUGUUCCUACAGAAAGGGCCCCUAGUUCUGGUGUGCGUCUCCAGCAGUCGUCAGUCUGAGCAGCAGCUGCGGGGAGAGCUCCUCUAUGUGUACUAUCAGAUCAUCAGCAUGCUCACCCAGGCCAGUAUAUCUCGUAUCUUUGAACACAAGAAAAACUAUGACCUGAGGAGACUCCUAGCAGGCUCAGAAAAGAUUCUGGACGGUCUGCUCAACUUGGUGGAUUCUGACCCCAGCUUCCUGCUAGCAGCAGUGCACUGCUUGCCCCUAGCCUCCUCUCUCAGGGAUGCUCUCAGCCAGAUCCUGCAGAAAGCUAUCACACCCAAUCUGGUUUUCUCCAUCCUCAUCGCCAAGAACCAGCUGCUAACCAUCGUCCAAGAAAAAACCGUCAUUGAGGACACGAGGCUGGAGCCAGCUGAUGUUCACCUUCUGCUCAACCUCAUCGGAGCUUCCUCUGCCUUUCAGGCCGGCGAGAUCUGGACUCCCAUCUGCCUCCCACUCUUCAAUCCUGACUGUUACUUUUAUGCAUACAUUUCUUACCUGGACCCUCCAGAAUGCACUGUUUGUUUGCUGCUCCUUUCGACAGACAAGGAGGCUUUCUACUCUGUAGCUGAGUGCAAGAGAAAGAUAGAGGAGGCCAUGGUGGCUCAGAACUCCCUGAGCCUCAUUGCCAAAGCCCAGACAUACAGUGUGAGCCAGGUGGGCGUCUCAGACCUCAGACACUUCAUGUACAAACCCUUUGAUGUGCCAGACAACCACCGUCAACUUACUCAGUUCACCAGCCCAGAGAUGGAGGCACCCUACAGCAGUGAAGAGGAGAAAAUGAGACUGCUGGAUCUUUAUCGUUAUAUGCACGGCCGCAUCCACAGCACCUCACGACCCCUCAAGCUGAUCUACCACGUUGCUGAGAGGGAAACUCUGCUAGCCUGGAUCACAAGUAAAUUUGAGCUGUACACUUGCUUCAGCCCCCUGGUGACAAAGGCCUGUGCCAUUACUGCUAUCACUAAGCUUCUAAGAUGGAUUAAAAAGGAGGAGGACCGUCUAUUCAUCAGAUACCCCCCAAAGUAUUCAACCACUCCAAACCCGAGCAAAAGCUCUCGAGGAGGCAAAUCUGACCAGCAAGACUCCACAGAUAAUGGCUUCUUAUCUCUUCUAUAGGACUCUAUCAGCACUAAUCUAAGUGGCUCUGCCUCAUUUAAAAAUAGUUUAUACACUGGUUUUUGAACCCUCUUUUGACACCCAUGAGACCGACAGACUUUGACCACUGGAAUCCAAACACUACGUUUUACACUAUUUAAAGAGGACUGGUCACUUUGAAACCAGUAUUAUUAGUUUGCAAGAAAGCAUGUCAUUGCAUCGCUGCUUUUGAACAGAAACAGUCAGGGCAAAACAGCAUUAGUAGAUUUUAAAAUGAACUUGCAAUGAUAUAUUUAAAUGUUUUUAUAUUGUUUUAUUACAGCAACAAGAACUUUUCCUCAUGAACAGUGAACAGAACAUAUGUUUACAUAUGUUAUGAGCUAGUAUGAGGAGGAAAAAUUAAGUUAAGCUACCUUUAUCAGACAAGGUCAUACAUAUCCUACCCCCCCACCCCCGUCAUCACAGAAAUGAUGUUACAUAAUAUGUUACAAAACGGGAUAUGCAAGCUGUUAAAGUGUGUUCUUUUGGGGAUCAGCAUAAACUGGAAUAACAACUGGAACUGCCAGAGGAGGGAUAGGCCGCCUUGCAUCGUGCAAGGCUUCAAGCGGAGAGAUUUCCCACCUUCAUCUCUGUGAAAGAAUUAGAAAAUUUGUUUUUCAUCUCACUGAGGCUUUGAGUUUUAUUUAUGUUACAUUUUGUGCAACAGACAAGUAGGAAAUCCCAGUCUGAUUAUUGUCGAUGUUAAGUGUUUCCAUUGGAAAAAAAAGUAGACCUUAUCAGUUUCUUGAUCAUCUGUUAGGGUCAGAAGAUGCCACUGAUCUCAUGUUUUGUUUUGCAGAUACCUUUAGUAUGACUCCUAACAUAGUUAGUGCAGGCAUUAUUUUUGCAUAAUAGUUUCCUAAAGAUGGUCUAAAAAGUUGUCAUCUUUGUGUCCACUGAGGACCUUCCUGUUAAGUCUUAAGAGUUUGUCUGUAGUGUUACAAAAUAAAUCCCAGG